CCGUCCUACCAGUUCCAUAACCGACAACAAAUUUAACCGUCUGGGAGAAGAGGUGACGGUUUGGGACAAAGCUGACGCCCUUAUUUUUCAGUCAUCGUGACCUUUUCUGCCAUUUUCUGUUGAAUUUACCCGCCCGUGAACGUUUGGGUGCAGGGCUUCUCAGGUUACGCGGUUCUUGGAUUUUUUUUUGCCGUCCGCCAUCUUAGUUCGGACAACCUGCGACAGACAAAGACUGCAGAAGGAAGCCUGCAAACCAAGGUUCCCAGUAGCAUUUUUCCAAGGACUGAGUACGAAUUCUAACCCCUCAACAUGGUACACGGACUAGGCUACCGAAUCGCGGGGAUUGUGACUGGUUUCUGCGCCUUGGUGUUCGCAGUAGUGGCGAUCUCGUCCACUAGCUGGCUGUCCUAUGACGGGUACUGGGAGGACGGGCUGUUCCGCCGCUGCUGGUGGGACUGGACGCUAGGCUGCAAACAGAUCGGACCAGAAGACCCAGCCGACAGCCGCAUGUGGUUCCACGGGGUUCGGUUCUGCGCCCUGUUCGGUCUCCUGCUGGUGUUCGCGGCGUUCAUCAUGGCGGUGGUAGGCACGGCCAAGCACGGCACGUCCGCCGACAGGCCGCUGGUGUCAGGCAUCGUCAUGAUCGUAGCCGGUCUCCUGUUGCUGUGCGGUGUGAUCGUGUACACAGCCUAUACAGGAGACCCCGUGGUCGGGCACAUCUCGCACUACGGCUGGUCCUUCAUCCUGGAGUGGAUCGCCGCCGGGCUGGCCUUUAUCUCCGGCGGGCUGCUGGUCAGCGCCUGGGACUCAGGCUACUACUCCUACCCCGCUGACAAGGCAGUCUUAACUUAGACAAGAACGCAUAGCCUCUACCAGGCUUCAGAGGCGGCCGGCAAAAGUAGAAAUUUGCCGAAUAAAUAACAUACCAGGGGAGUUAGUCCGUUAAAGAGCGGGAAUCUGUACUCUUUUAGUGGACUAACUCCUCGACAUCUAUUUGGCCAAUUUCUCCUUUUCCAGCCGCCUCUGGAGCCUGGUAUAGGCGAAA